AGAGUGAACAAAAACUCAGGGGAUGAUCAUCUCACAACUCUACAGAAAAUAUACUUUUAUACGGUUUUUAGUCUUAACAAACGACGCUGAUUUAGCAAAAAGAGCGGAUAGAUUAUUGCACAGAGUAUCCAUAUGUGUUGGCUUUUAUUCUGAAGGGUCCUGACCGGAAAAGAAACUUCCCUCGCGGUAACUACUGGCUGUGGAUGUCAAAGCUGGUAGCUUGGUGGCGCAACAUUUGAUUUCAUUACUCUAAUAAAGACAAUGUCCAGGUUUAGGAAGACGGAUAAAGUGGACAGUCUGGCGGGCUUUCGGACGGAGAAGACCGAACCGACUGUCCCUUCCGGUUUGCUGAAGGCAGCCAGGAAAAGCGGCCAGCUCAACCUGUCCGGCCGGGGGCUGACAGAAGUCCCUCAGAGUGUUUAUCGUCUCAACACGGACGCGCCAGAGGAAGCCCAGCAAGAUGUUUCCUUUGGGGGAUCGGAUCGCUGGUGGGAACAGACGGACCUCACUAAACUGUUGCUGUCGUCCAAUCAGCUGAAAUGUCUGUCUGAUGACAUCAGACUGUUACCUGGACUCACUACUCUAGAUCUUCAUGACAACCAGCUGAACAGUUUACCCGGAGCACUCGGAGAACUUCAGGAGCUGCAGCAGCUUCGCCUCAGCCAUAACCAGCUGUCAUCACUUCCUGUGGAGGUGUUCUCUCUGAAGAACCUCCGUUGCCUCACGUUGCAGCAGAACCUUCUGGAGAGCCUGCCCGAGGAGCUGGGUCAGCUGCAGAGCCUUACAGAGCUGGAUGUGUCCAACAAUCACCUGCUGGGUUUGCCCUCCAGUAUCGGCUGCCUCACAAAGCUGCAGAAGUUGAGCCUCUGUCAGAAUAAGCUGCCCUCUCUGCCUGACAGCCUGUCACACCUUACAGAGGUUAAACUUCUGGACCUCAGCAGUAACCAGCUGUCAGACAUUCCUGCCAGCCUAUCAGGGAUGGUUUCUCUGCAGCAGCUUUAUCUGCGACACAACAAGCUGUCCCGACUGCCCCCCCUCCCAGCUCCCGCACUUAAAGAGCUGUAUGUUGGGAACAACCAAAUCGAGCUGCUGGAGGCUGAGCAGCUGGCCAGCUUUACAGUCAUUUCUCUUCUAGAACUGAGAGACAAUAAGAUCAGAACCCUUCCAGAACAAAUCCCUGUGCUGCCAGAACUGACACGCCUCGACCUGACCAACAACGACAUCAGCGUGCUUCCAGCUUCCCUCAGCCUGCUGCCCAACCUGAAGGUGAUGCUGCUGGAGGGAAACCCUCUGAGAGGAAUCAGGAGAGAUCUUCUGUCUAAAGGGACCGGUGACCUUCUAAAAUACCUCAGAGGAAGAAUUAAAGAGGAGCCUGAGAAGGCAGAUGAAGAGCAAACGGCCAUGACUUUACCUUCCCAGGCUAGAGUCAAUGCACAUAACAUCAAAACUCUGAAGGUGUUGGGCUACAGUGACAAACAGGCAGAGAUUAUUCCAGAUGAGCUGUUCAAUGCUUCAGCAGAUCAAGGAGUAAUCAGUGUCAACUUCAGCAAAAACCAGCUCAAGUCAAUACCGUCCAGACUGCUGGAUCUUCAAUCAUCACUGUCAGAUCUCAAUCUGGGUUUCAACAAACUCACCAGCUGUUCUGAAAUCUGCAAAUUACUACAACUCACACACAUCGACCUCAGGAAUAACCAGCUGAGUGAUUUACCAUCUGAAAUGAAGAACCUGACUAAACUACGCUCAAUUAUCCUCAACUACAACAGGUUCAAGUCAUUUCCUGAAGUCCUGUAUGACGUCGUCUCCCUGGAGACGGUGUUGCUGGGAAACAAUCAGGUGUGCGGAGUGGAUCCUGGACACCUGAGAAAACUGGUCCACCUGUCAACUCUGGAUCUGUCGAACAAUGACCUGCUGAACAUCCCUCCAGAACUGGGCCUGUGUACCAACCUCAGGUGCCUGAGUCUAGAGGGGAAUCCUUUCCGCACACCCAGAGCAGCCAUAGUGGCCAAAGGAACUGAUGCAGUGUUGGAGUACCUGCGCAGCCGCAUACCUGCGUGACCUCUGACCUCACCUGACACCUGUCUGUGGCUUCUCACUGCCUCGUCUUUAAUCUGAUCCAGUCUAAGGUUUACAGGACUGACACACUAUCUGCGUUUGGAACGAAGUUUACUUUCUGUCCUCACCUGGACUGUAGAGGAUAAAAUGAUUUGGUUAAUCUUUUUCUCCAUGAAAAACACAUUUCUCCUAAUAAAGUUGUUUUUAUUUCUAA